AUGAAGGUGUUGGCCAACUUUCCAGCGACAACUCAGCACUCGGCGUGCUUCAAACAGAUGGUGCACACGUGGGAUGUGUUCCUUUGUGUUGGGUGUCGCCUUUCCUGCGAGCUUGCUUUCGAAUGCGUGAGCUCCAAAAUCCGGAGAAGCAGCCGUUCCUUUGCGGGCACCAGCUGGCUGAGGGUCGGCGGAGUAAAGAACCAUUGCCAUUUGCGGGUACAACUCCGUGGGGUGCGCGCGUGCUCGCAGCGAGUGGGCAUGAAAGUUCGGUUGCAGAUGCUCACUCUGUUCCUCCAAGGCUGCCAGCCCAUUUCUCCCCAUUCUGCCCUUCCUUCAUCUACCUACCUGAAGCAGUGUGAUCAUUCGGCUCGGGAAGUGCACCACUGA